GUAUGCCGCGACCGCGGCUUGAUGACCGCGUUCGGCUAUUGCCGCGGCAGGAACGACACGGGCACUUUCCUGUGGGGCGACAACGCCACCGACGGUAAGGCCAUCCCUGUCAAGGGCAAGAUCCACUGGGCGAUAGAUCUGAGCCGAGUCGAGAUCGCGAUCUACAGCGGUGCGGCGGGCAAUCACACAAGCAGCGUCAAGGCGAAGCACCAAAUCCACCAUCCGAACAAGUUCAAGGACGUGUUGAAGCACGGAAGCAAGAUGCCGGUUCUCGACCAGGAUGGCAUCCGAGCCCUCCUGUCCCAGCGGGACACUCUUGCGGAGUAUGUGCGGGCCAAAUACGCCGGCGACGGCGCGGUGUUCGCUGACGGCACGGACACUGGCGGCGCGCGCUGGAAUGGGACGUCCAGUCGGUUCUCGGCCGCCUCGCCGCUCGACGGCCAGACGUCUCGGAGCAAGGGCAUGGACUGGAUGCAGGCGCAUGGCAAAGAGAUUGCGGAUGACCAUCUGUUCGACAGCGACCAGGCCUUAAAGCCAGGGAGCCUCAAGUUCUGCCACGAAGGGAAGUGCACAGCCAUCAUCGACACCGGCUCGAACAUCAUCGCCGGGCCGUUGAAGACGAUCAGCAAGAUUUCAAAGAUGCUGAACGUAAAGACGGAUUGCUCCAACCUGAAGGACCUGCCGCCCCUGAAGCUGCACUUCGGCUCGUUCGAGGCCACCAUCCCCGCGAAGGCAUACACCAUGAAGGUCUCCAUGCCGUCGUGGGCGAAGUCGGCCCACGGGCGCAGCCGCGGCAGCGCCGCGCCGACACGGUCGCUGACGAGGGAGGCCGCGGGUGCCUCGCUGCAGGACGCCUCCAGCGGCGCCUGGGCCGAGGCCGGCGCCUGGGGGCGGGUGUUCCAGGACCUGCACGAGAACCGCGGGAUCGACCUCGGGCCGCACUUCCACGGG